GCAGCUUGGACACGGUAAAUCCGUGCCGGUUGGCAUAGCAACGCAGCUUGGACACGGUAAAUCCGUGCCGGUUGGCAUAGCAACGCAGUGCGAAGGCGGGUCCUCUCUGUUACGCCGCGCGGGAAGUGAGGCGCGGAUCCGGGCUCCGUGUGAUGACGCAGCCGCUGCUCGGUUGCUAUGGCGCGGUUUAAACCGGGAGAAUUUUUGUAACUGAAUUCCUCCCGGGAUAAACAAAACCGAGGUCUGUAGGGUGACUGUUUCUUACAAACCGCUGGGGACGGACUGUCUGCCAGCCUACAGGCACAUUGAACAACCCUUUUGGGGUUGAAUUAUCAUUAUUAUUAUUAUUAUUAUUAUUAUUAUUAUUAUUAUUAUUAUUAUUAUUAUUAUUGUUGUGUUGUAGUUGCAGCUGAAGCCGGGUGUUGGUUUUGAAAUAUAUUUGUUUACACGGUGUACACAUGCUCGUGUUUACUGCUGCACCCGGAGUAUCAUUACUAGGAAUUUGCCUGACAUUUCUGGACUACAAUUUGUGUGCGAUUAAACCGAAGAAGAGGCAAACGCGAAAGUGUUUGAGUGAGACUGGCGGAGCAAAACUGUCUGACAGGGACAGAGAUGGCCGGGUUUGUGCAAAGCGAGGACCUCAUGAGUGACGUGGAACCCCUCCCAGCCUCCCUGCCCCCCACCCCCUCCGCGUCUCUCCGCCCGAAGGGGCGGGACGCAGCGCUGGAGUCCCGCCGACAAAACCUGACCCAGUCCUGGCCGUCCAGCCCUUACUCCUCCUUCGCUUCCUGCGGGGAAGUCACGGCUCGGCUGUACUCCUCGCUGCAGAAGAGCCGAGAGGCGGAAGCCCAGGCUCACCGCAGCGUGGACCGCCAGACCGCGGGAGAACACAACGGCCGACGCCGGUCUGUCCCAGGUGACGCUGCGCCUUUAGACGCGCCCCUCGAAACGUGCGCGCGGACACGCCCCUCGCAGGUCUCGUCCAAUCGGGCGCCGUCGUUUGCCUCGCUAGCGGUUGCCCCCGGUGGGUGGGAGGAGAGAUCCAGCGGGACUCUGCCGUCUUCUGCUCCGGGUUCUGAUGCUGCUGCCUCUGGCUUCUGCAGCCAGCCCCAGCUGCGUGCUGGGAGGAGCGGCCAGCUCAUUGCCGGGGGCGACCUGGAGUUGCUGGCCGGGGAGAUGGAGCAGAAGCUGCAGGUUGGGGUGGAGACCAGCUCUGCGAUGGUUAAGAACGGGACCCGCUGCAUUUCGGACAUGGAGUCGGUGCGCUCCCACCUCCAGACGAUCCUGAAGGGGUCUGCAGACCCACCCCACAGGGGCUCCCUCGCUCCGGUUUCACUGCAGCAGCAGGAGGAGGGUGGUGAUGACGCCUCGUUUGAAAGCGACAGCACUGCCAGCCUGCUCAAUGCCAGACCCCUGCAGGAGGAGUCGUCGCCCCCCCUGUCGGUCAGCGGUCUGGAGGGCCUCUUCCCUCGGUACAGCCGGCUCCACGCGGACAGGACCGGUCUGCCCUCCUCCUCCUCCUCGGGGCAGAUCCUGAGGGACAGUGUGGAGAAGGAGAGGACGAGACGCAGGCACUGUGAGAAACAGAUACAAAAUCUUCACAACAAGACCCUGGAGCUCCAGCAGCAGCUGGCUCUCGCCGUGUCGGCUGACCGGAAAAAGGACAUCAUGAUCGAGCAGCUGGACAAGACUCUGGCCAAGGUGGUGGAAGGGUGGAAGAAGCACGAGGCAGAGAAGAACGACGCUGUAAAGAGACUGCAGGAGGAGAAGGAGGCUGCAGAGAGGGCUCAGGCUGAACAGCAGAAGGUGCUGGUUCAGUUUGAGGAGAGCCUGGCGCAGGCUGUGGAGGCCAUGGCACUGGAACAGAAGCAGGCAGCUCACCUGCAGAAAGAGAAGCUGCUUCUGGGGGAGGAGCUGGCCGGCUUGCAGAGGCAGGUGGAGGAGCACAGGCAGCGAGGCCGGGCCCUGCAGGAGGAGCUGGAGGAGGCUGGGAGAGCCAGGCUGCUGGCGGAGAGGCAGGGGGAGGCGGUGAGAGACACGCUGGGGGAGCAGAGGGACGCCUGGGCCAGGAGAGAGAGGGAGCUGGAGGAACGGCUGGCCCAGCAGGAGGCGGACUUCAGCAGGCAGCUCCAGACAGAGAAGGAGAGACAAGAGCGUGAGAGCCAGCGUGUCCAGGACUCCCAUCAGGUCCUGCUGUCUGUCCAAGCGGAGGUCCAGAGGCUGGAGACAGAGCUGGAGACUGCGCAGAGGGACAGGGACACCCUGCGCAUGGAGAUGAGCCUGGCCGAGGCUCGGUUUGAGACUCACAGGUUGAAGAUGGAGUCUGAGCUGAAGAUCUCGCUGGAGCAGCAGGUGACUGACAGACUCGCUCCCCUCCACCAGGAGCACGCAGAGCAAGCCUCCGCGCUGAGAGAACAGCACAGAAAGCAGAUCAUGGAGCUGAGUGCCCACCAGCAAAGCGAGCUGUCCAAUCAGCUGGCCCAAUUCAGGGCGGAGCUGCAGGAGAGAGAGGAGAGGCAUCGACGAAUCACAGAGGAGUAUGAAAUGAGGCUGGUCAAAAGCCAGGAGGAGAUUUCAGAGCUGCAGGCUGGGAAGAGGAAAGCAGAGUCCCAGAGAACAGACCUGGUCAAACGAUUGCAGAGCAUGAUGCAGUCUCACUGGAACGAGGCGCACAAAGUGUUAAUGACGCAGAACUCUCCGCAGACCGGCCGGCUGAAGCAGAUGGAGGACCACGGUGCAGACCAGCCCCUCUUCCUGUCCAAGAGCUCCGGCAGGCAGGAGCUGAGAGACCGGGGCUCCGAUAACUGCGAUUCAGGCUUCCCGGCAGCCCUGAGCUGCACCGCGUCCGAGCUGAAGGGGGCGCCGCAGGGCAGCCUGGGAGAGAGGCAGGAGGGGAGCGCAGGCAGGACAGGGCCCCAGGAUCAGCAGCCUGGCUGGGGUUCGAAGGAGCAGAGGAGAGGGAGGGAGCCUCCUGGGGAGGCGGGAGGAGAGCGCCUUCCGCUAGAAAACAAGUUCAGCUACCGAGCCUUGCGGGAGCCCCGGAGCUCCCAGAAUGCAUUUCCCCGCGCUGUCCCGCUCCAAGCAGUGAUCCAGCUCACCUCACAGAGACCCCCUUCCGAUUCCUCGGACCCCCAGCCUCCCCCAAGAGGCUUCUCUAUAAACCAGCGGAGCGGCGCUCAGCAGCCCCCCCCUCCUCACCAGCCGCCCCCCCCCGCCGGAGCCCCCUCCUUCCUGCCCCCGCCCCAGGCCGACCUCAGCAGCUUCUUCCACAGCAGCUUCCUCAGCAGCCAGGGCUUCUCCCCAUUGGAGCCGCAGCUGGAUGAGACCGCACUGACCUCUCUGGGUUUCCAUCGGGACGAGCUGGCCGAGCAUCCUCUAGCGGAGGAGAGAGGAGAGGGGAGCGGGCAGCGCGGGCACAGCCUGGGCACCAGCCUGGACUCCAGCAGCAGCUGCAGCAAACACAGCGAGCUGCAACACUACAUCCACAUGCUCCUAGACAGAUCUCCUGGGGAGCCCCUGGAAUCCAGACCCCUCGAUUCCGAGGAACCCCCAAACUCACACAGUGCCUCCCAGUAUCCCCAGUAUACCCAGCAUCCCCAGCAAGGUGGCUCGCCCGUGCUCAGAGCCCGGUCCACUGGGCUGUGGGACCACGUGAGACCAGCGCCCACGGGCCAGUCCGCUGUGCAGAAAAUGAAAAUGCCAGCGGCUGCACCGUCCCAGAGAAGCACGGAGCAAAACCAGCCUCCACCCUCGACAGCAGUGAGAGGUGCUGAAGAAGGGGUGUUGUCCCCCAAGCAGAUUGGGGAGCUCUCCAGACUCCUGGGACAGUACCAGGGUCACCCAGGCAAGGGGGUGCCGUCCAUGGAGGAGCUGUACACCUACCUCCGGGGCGUGGAGCCCAACAGACAGAAAGAAGCACACGUGGGAAGUGCGGCUGAGCGAGGAAACCGGGAUCAGAAAGUGAACCACGCCGUGAAGAAGGAGUUGGUGCCGUCCCAGUCCGCCCCGUCCCAGCGUCGAACCAUCGCAUCCCGUCCGGGCAGCGAGAAGAGCCAGCCCAAACCAGGAAAGAAACUGGGGAACCAGAACCAGGGAUCGGCCAAGGGGUCCUCGUGGAGAUAGGAGAGCCGGAGACGGGGAGCACAGGGGAGCGUUUCUACAAACCGGGGUCCCAGACCACAGCAAGGGGGCUCCGGCCUCUCUCUGAUCUGGGAGUCUGAGUCCGAGAGACUCUCAGAGCAGAGCAAGGAGGGGUCCAGCCUCUCUCUGAUCUGGGAGUCUGAGUCCGAGAGACUCUCAGAGCAGAGCAAGGAGGGGUCCAGCCUCUCUCUGAUCUGGGAGUCUGAGUCCGAGUGACUCCAGAGCACAGCAAGGAGGGGUCCAGCCUCUCUCUGAUCUGGGAGUCUGAGUCCGAGAGACUCUCAGAGCAGAGCAAGGAGGGGUCCAGCCUCUCUCUGAUCUGGGAGUCUGAGUCCGAGAGACUCUCAGAGCAGAGCAAGGAGGGGUCCAGCCUCUCUCUGAUCUGGGAGUCUGAGUCCGAGAGACUCUCAGAGCAGAGCAAGGGGGCUCCGGCCUCUCUCUGAUCUGGGAGUCUGAGUCCGAGAGACUCUCAGAGCAGAGCAAGGAGGGGUCCAGCCUCUCUCUGAUCUGGGAGUCUGAGUCCGAGAGACUCUCAGAGCAGAGCAAGGAGGGGUCCAGCCUCUCUCUGAUCUGGGAGUCUGAGUCCGAGAGACUCCCAGAGCAGAGCAAGGGGGGGUCCAGCCUCUCUCUAUCUAUCUAUCUAUCUAUCUAUCUAUCUCUCUAUCUCUCUAUCGCUAUUUCUCUAUCUGUCUAUCUGUAUUAUUUUUUUGAAUGUAAUAUACUCAUUAAAAUGAAGUGGGUAUUUGAUAAGUAUGUGUAUAGUAUUUAUAUAAUUUCUAACAAAACCCGACCAUGAUCUUCUGAAUGAUUUCAAUGCACUGUUUUUAUUCAUAUAUUUGUAUUUGUUUUAUUUUAUAUAAAUGCUUUCUUGUUGCCAA